UGCAGGGCAGCAGGCAGCAGGACCACAGAGGAAAGGGCUGCUGGGCCUCUCUCCGGAGACAGAAGAGGUGACAAGCAGCGACUCAUCGUGGGAACAUGAGGGCGGGCACAAGCGCUGCCUCACCCUGGAUGAAAAUGGGACCAGCCACCAGGCCUGUCGGAAUUUUCUGGGCUGCCCACCACUGGCAGGGUCGCGGGCCUCAGUCGCCACGGCAAGCUCCCCAUUACCCUCCUCACGGCAUCACGUGUCAGAUACCGCCUGCCCAUGACCUCAGUGGCGCUUCCGCUGGUUGCCCUGACCACGCUGCCUGGUUCUGGCGCUACAGCAGGCAGCUUGGAGCAUGCGGGCUCAGCAUAUCGGGUGCAAUCAGCAGUGGAACAGCUGGCCCAGCCUGCGCUACUGGAGACGGCAAGAGGGAGCACUGUGACCCAGCGCAUGAUCCGGAGCGAGGCGUGCCGCAGAGGACGUGCUCCGCAGAGCUGGUCUCUCGCUGCGGGGACAGCUCUCCGCGCCUGCUGUCCACUGCCCCAAUAUCUGGGGUGCUCGGGGUAACCCUGUCAUUCCUGCUGUCGCCAAUACGUGUAUGGGCCUCCAGUCUUGGCACUCUGGAAUACAAAGGUGUGGGAGACGUGUUCCUGUUGUAUUUCUCGUAUUUAUCUCAGACAAAACCAGGAGCCUGGGGAGCGGCGCGCCCUCACACUCCCAUCCUCAAAGCUGCCCCCGCCCCAAAUCAUGAGGCCAAGAGUAGAGGGACAGCCAGGGUGAGCGGCAGAGGGUCCGAGCUGUCCAGGGCUGUCCAGGAGCGGAGCCCAGCUGAGCUCAGGCACAAACAGGUCCAGGUGCCCCACAGCCCCGUGAAGGGGCCAGCAGCCGCAGGCUUCCGUGUUUCCCAGGAGCUCCAGGAGAAGCUCACUGAGUCCCUGCUGAAAGCUCUCUGGAAAGCACUGCCCAGCACCCCGUCCAAUCAGCCCAUCACGUUGGAAAUUAGAUUUCAGCGCAUGACUUUCGGAAGACUCAAGCAUUCAGGCUACCGCGGCAGCGUUACUCACAACGGAGACAACACAAAAGUGCACCCGCAGCCGAGUGGAUAG